AGGGGGCUCGAGCCCCUGCGCAGGCGUGCGCGCGCGGUGCCGCACCAGCCGCGGGAGGAGGGAGUAUUAUGGGCUGUGGGUGCUGCUGAGCAAGAUGGAGCUGUCUGCAGUGGGAGAGCGGGUCUUCGCCGCCGAAUCCAUCAUCAAGCGGCGGAUCCGAAAGGGACGCAUCGAAUACCUGGUGAAAUGGAAAGGUUGGGCCAUCAAGUACAGCACUUGGGAGCCGGAGGAGAACAUCCUGGACUCCCGGCUGAUCGCAGCCUUCGAACAGAAAGAAAGGGAGCGGGAACUCUAUGGGCCCAAGAAGAGGGGACCUAAGCCGAAAACUUUCCUCCUGAAGGCCCGGGCGCAGGCGGAGGCCCUGCGGCUGGGGGACGUGCACUUCGCCGUGAAGCCGGGCUCCAGCGGCUCGUCCCCGAAGCUGCACUCCAGCGCCGCCGUGCACCGCCUCAAGAAGGACAUCCGCCGCUGCCACCGCAUGUCGCGCCGGCCCCUGCCCCGCCCCGACCCGCACGGAGGCCCGCCCGGAGCGCGCCCCCCCAUCUCCCCCUUCUCGGAGACGGUGCGCAUCCUCAACCGCAAGGUCAAGCCCCGCGAGCCCAAGCGCAGCCGCAUCAUCCUCAACCUCAAGGUCAUCGAGAAGAGCGGGCGGGCGGGGGCCGGGGCCGGGGCGGGGGCGGGGCCGGGGCCGGCCGGGGGCGGGGCCGGGGCGGCGGGCGGGGGCGGGGCGCUGUCCCGCGCCAAGAUCCCCUCCCGCAACCGCGUCAUCGGCAAGAGCAAGAAGUUCAGCGAGAGCGUCCUGCGCACGCAGAUCCGCCACAUGAAGCUGGGGCCCGCCUUCUCCCUCUACAACAAGGCCCCGUCUGCGCCUGCGCCGCCCCAGGCCCCGCCCCCGGCCCCGCCCCCGAAGGCCAAGGAGCGGCCCGGCGCCUCCCAGGGCGCCCCCUGCCGGCCGCCCGCCGCCUCGGCGCCGCCCGCCGUCGCCGCUGGGACCGGCCCUGCCGCCGCCGCCGCCGCGGGCGGCUCCGGCUCCUCCGGCUGCCCGUCGCCGGCCCCGCAGUCGUCCUCCGACGCGGAUGACUCGCCCCCCAAGCUGCUGCCCGAGCCCCCGAGCCCGGCGGGGCCCGACUGGCGCCAGGCCGAGGUGCUCGACCUGUCCGUGCCGCCGGAGCCGCCCGCCCGCGCCGCCGGGCAGCGCCCCCUCGCGGCCGCCGGGGACCGGGGCCAGGCCUCCCCUGCCCUCUCGUCCUCCUCCUCUGCCUCCUCUCCCUCCUCCUCCUCCUCCUCCUCCACCUCUUCCUCCUCCUCCUCCUCCUCCUCUCCGUCCUCCUCGUCCUCCGAGCCGGAGCAGGAGGCCGGGGAUUGGCGCCCCGAGAUGUCCCCCUGCUCCAACGUGGUGGUCACCGACGUCACCAGCAACCUCCUCACCGUCACCAUCAAGGAGUUCUGCAACCCGGAGGAUUUCGAGAAGGGCCGGGGGUCCUGGAUUCUGAUUUCUUUGCCCUCUGUUGAGGUGCGACGGUGGGGGCUGUCGUGCCCCUCAGCGUCCUCACCACUUCCCCAGCACGGAGAAGACUGCAUAGCAGCAUCCACCGUCCGGUCUGGGCUGGUCUCGCUGGGGCCGCCAUUCAAUCGUAUUUGUUGAGCGCUUAUUUAUGCAGAGUACUGUACUGAGCGCUUGGAAGAGUACAAUACCACAAUAAACAGACACGUUCCCUGAC